AUGCCAAAAUUUAUUGAAGAGACAAGAGAACAUGUAUGUGUAAAGAAAGCAUUAGGUUCCAAAAAUAAAAAUGUUUUUGAUUUUAUGCUUUAUCCUUCUAAUAAUAAAGUGCCAGUUAUAGAUAGCCUGAUCUUAAAAAUCCUAAAAAAAAUAGUAAAAAAUAGUAAAGCAAAUAAUGGGAGUAUUGGAGUUGAAGUUGAUUAUAUAGAAAACCUACUUAAUGUAAUAAAUAUUGAAGGUGACUUAAUUGAUAUGUGCAUAUCAGAAGAAAUAUAUACUCAAAAUCAAGUUUAUAAAGCAAUACAAGUAACAGUUGCAUGUAUUCAAACAACUUCAAGAUUAUGGAUACUUAAAAUGAAAGAUUCAGAUAAUGAUAUUCUUGUAUUCGAUAUAUCUGAAGUUGUUACAUCUGAAUUAGAAAAAAAAAUAACUAAGACAUUGACCAUUAAUCAUAUCAAAAAAGAUCAAUUAGAAUCUUUAGUUGUUUUAUUAUCCAAGUCUAUUGAUAUAUUUCUGGCUCUUAAGAUUAUGAAUGUAAAAGUUGUAAACAAUAAAUCCAAAUCUCUGAAAAUUAUUGAAUUAGUAAGUAAUAAAGCUGAAUCUGUAAAUAAUGAGCCUGAGAUAUUUCCUAACUUACCUGCAAAUAACAAACUAAAAUCUAGCAAUGAAGAACUUAGUGAGGACUCUGAUAAAUUUGUUAUCAUAACUAAAAAAGAUAAGCUUAAUUUCAUAGUAUUCUGUGAUAGAAUGCAGACUGAUGUGAGAAUAUAUAAUUAUGUAAAAAAGGCUGAAGAUUCUAGUAAAUAUAUGGACAUAUUAGUGAGAGAAAGAUUAAUAGAAGAAGAGAUUAUUUGGCAUAAACUCAAAGAAAAAGGAAUCAUAUCCUUAUGGCUCAAUACUGAUAAGGAAUAG